UCUUUUACCAUAGGAAUGCUUCCUUUUGUUUGUUUCAUGAUACAAAGGGAUUUGUUGAAUAUUUUUUCUUAGAUAGAGCCAUUUAGGUUUAGUUUUAGAUUCCUCAGCUCAAGCUAGUGGUAGUGGCUACUUGAAGGGAAAUUGAUAGCCCUAUAUAUAGUCAGUCUCUGCUUGAUUCAGAGGAAGAAGGAAAGGUAAACCGUGUCACUGAAUCCAUGUGCGUUUGAUUUUUGUUAAUUGAGUUAAUUAUGAAGGGUUUUAGCAAGUUUCACAUAUGAUGGAGGUCACUGUAAAUAUAUUGCUCAUACCACUUUCCUUAUCACUCGAGUCAGACUAUCUUACAGUGACAUAGAAUUGGGUACUAAUAAAGUACUGCAUUUCUUUCAUAGUUAUAACUUGUCUACAAACUCUCAGAGAGUGACAGUGUAUGUUUUUCUGCCUAAUAGUUGAAAAAAUGCAGGUGUACCGUUUAAGGUGUAUUCAAACCAAACACAAAGGUCAUUACAGUUCAUUACAAGAACAGAUGGUGAUUCAUUUGUGUCAUGCUGCUUCAUGAAAAUCCAUCAUCUGUGGAUUUUUGUUUAUUUACACCACUGAUUAUUUUCCUGCACCUUUUAUUGAUAACUUGAGUUAAAAACAAGCAUGUCCCAGUCAUCCCCAUUACUUUUUUUUGUAAGCCCUGUAUCAUAAUUAUAAUUUAGUUUGAGAUAUGCAAUCUUAUAACAAAUUGCUAAUAAUAAAUUGGUUGGUAUACCUCUUUUUUUUCAUGACUGCUCUUAAAUUUCUUCAAUUACUUCUUGGCUCACCUGAAAUCUAGACCUUAAUCUGCCUUAAUGUUUAAAUCUGUAAGUGAAUUCAUUACUGUUCAUGUUGAUUUAACUCUAAGGUCUGAUAUGGACAGUCUUCAUUUGUGUCAUAACUUCAGCUGUACUAGACUCAAGCAGAAAUUUAAAACACACUUGUUCACUUGUUUUGUUUUUGUUCUGUUGCUCCAGGUCUCAAAGCAAUGAUUGCAAUGACCCCAGAAAAUUUCAGUCCAAGCAAUACAAGUGCCGCACCUGAUGUAGAUGAGUCUUUGGAUAACUUGCGUCAGUCGUUCAACAUCAUAUCUAUCGCUGUUUUCUCCCUGGUCUCUCUCCUCGGUCUGCUCGGGAAUGGACUGGUUAUCUGGGUGACCGGGUUCAGGAUGAAGAAAACUGUUAACACAGUUUGGUACCUCAACCUUGCUGUGGCUGACUUCAUCUUUGCAGCAUUUCUGCCCUUUAGUGUAACAUUCCUGGCUUUGCGGCUUCACUGGCCUUUCGGUAAUUUCAUGUGCAAGCUGGACGCCACUACAAUCUCUCUGAACAUGUUUGCCAGUGUCUACAUUCUGGUGGUGAUCAGUGUGGACAGGUGCAUGUCUGUGGUGUGUCCUGUCUGGACUCAGAACCACCGAAAUGUACGCAACGCAUUCUAUGUGAGUCUGUGUGUUUGGGUGCUGGCUUUGAUUGUCAACAUUCAAUAUUUUUUUUUCAUGCACACAGAGGAAGUGUCUAAAAACACAACUUACUGCUUCAGCAGUGUUGAGGAUUUUAAAUAUGCAACACCAUCUGUCUUUCAUACCAUUUCAAUCACCCACUUCCUUUUAGGAUUUGCAGUCCCCUUCACUGUCAUUGUCACUUGUUAUGCUGUCAUCAUCCAUCGUCUCAGGACAAACCGCAACCUGGCCAGCCAAUCAAGUCGCCCCUUUAAAGUUAUUGCUUCCAUUAUCGUCACUUUUUUUCUGUGCUGGGGGCCCUAUUACAUCAUUGAUCUAAUUCAGCUGGUGGUAUUUAUUCCACCAAAUGAAACAUUUCACUAUGCCUUCCGAAUUGUGUUGUAUGUCUCCGAGAAUUUGGUCAUUCUUCACUGCUGCUUGAAUCCACUGCUGUAUGUCUUCUUGAGACAAGAUUUUAAGGCUGAAAUACAAAAAUCCAUCCUGAAGGUGCUGGAGAGUGCCUUCCAAGAAGAGGAGACACGCUCUCCCAGUGACAUAAAGUCAGUGAACACCAGGCAGAGCAGAGAGAAGUCAGAUUUGAUUACUGAGGUAUAAGGCUGUAUAUGAUGUAUUUUGGUUACUGUAUUCUGUACUACUUAUCCAGCCCUGGAAAAGUGGAUGAAGAUGGAUGGAUUAUUUUACUUUAACUAACUCACAAAGUCUACCAUUCAUUUCUAGUUAUUAAUAAUCCUUUUGUUUUGGUAAUAUCUUAUUACGAGCUCACCACUGAGUUCUUACCAAUAUUAUGUAAACAUUUACAUUUUAUAUUAAAUAUUUGG